AUGGAAUCGAACUGCUCGCAAAGUCAAGUGAAUAAAAAUUUAUUUUUCUUUUCUGAUCCCUACCUAAAUCCCAAAAUAGUCGAAACUUAUAAUGGAUCCCUAAAAGAUAAAGAAUCUAUUCGUAAAAUGAUAAAUGAGUGGAACACACGUACUUGUAUUUCUGAUAUUAACACGAAAUGGAAAAAAGAACGUCCAACACAUACAACUAAUACUAAUUUAACUAUAAUACUAUUCAAUGUAGAAUGCCUUAAUACACAUACAGAUGAUGUCGAUCUUAUCUUAAGCAAACACGCACCACACCUAUGCUUAUUGACUGGAGUUGGUAAAGCAACUGAAAAAAUGCCUGUAUUCCCUGGGUAUACAGCAAUAACACAAGCUGGUACAAAUUCAUUUGGUGGGAAAGCAGUUAUGUAUCAAAAGUCGCUAAAUUGUAAAGUAGUUGAAAAGGAAACAAACUUUAUACUAUGUGAAGUCGAAACCACUAAUGCACACAUACUAAUUGGAGUAGUUUAUGUUCCACCUGGAACACUACCACCGUUUCAAAUUUUCAACAAAUGCAAAAACAGACAAUUUUUCAUAUUUGGAGAUUUCAAUGCCAAACAUACUACAUGUGGAUGCAGCAAAAAUAACACAAGUGGAAUACAUCUGUUCGACUGGCUAGAAGCGACGGGGAACGAUUUAAUACUACCAACUUCUUCAACAUCUAAACGUUCAAAUGCCAUAAUAGACUUCGGAAUCACUGAUAGCUCACAAGGCUGGCGAUCACAAGUGCUAAAUGAAGCUGCAUCAGACCACUGGCCAAUCAUUUUUGAUGCACCCUUUGCUAUAGACAACUCAAUUACAUACAAGCAAACGAACUGGCCAGUCUUUACGUUCUUUCUAUCAAAUAUACACCAGUACUGGAACUCUCUUGUAUAUAAUCUUGACAUAGAUUCUUUUUUUACAUUAUUCUCUACUUUUCUAAACGUACUACAAGACAGGUGCAGUUCAUACAAACCAAUAAAGAAUUACAGAUCACCCUGGCCACCACAACUAAUCUUCUUGGCCAGAACGGUAAACAAACAUCGACGGGAUUACCGCAAAUAUCGCUCCCAACAUGAUCUUGAAAAAUUAAAAACUUGGAGAACUACAGUAAAACCUCCCUAA